UCCAACCCCCAAGCUUCUAUCUUUGCCAAACAUGAGGAAUGAGAGAAAAUAGAGAAAGAGAAAUACAGAGACAUAAACCGAGAGAAAUCAAUCUUUAGGAAAAAGAAUGCUUCCGGAGGAAUGGAUACCACCUUGUGGGAAUCAAUGCACUAAAAAGUACGCCGCCCUUACGCAGAUUCCAUGGAGAAUAUUCUGCAAGAAAGGAUGUGAUGCUGAUGGUGAAUCAUGGGAGGAGUGCUUGAGUGAGUGUGAUGAGAUAUGUUACAAGGAUCCAGUUUUGAAGGACCAACAAUGGUCUGCCUUCAUUGAUCGUUCUCCUGGUCAAGUUGCUUACUCGGAGAAGUGCUUUCAUGCAUGUGUAGCUGGAUGUGGUUACAAGUUUGAGAUUCCUUCUGAGGAAGUUAGUCAAAUUCAUCCUAACAGACCAACUGAACCACCUCCUCCCCCAAAGAAAGAGACGGCUUCACCAGUUGUGGAAAGUAAGCAGUCCGCCAAGGCUAAGUUAAACGUGAAUGCUGAAGACAUACUCAACUCAUCUGCCUAGUGUAUGUAUGAGUGGGGAAUGCAAAAUUGAACCUUCUCAAUUUUGUCUACUAACAUUAUAGCUUCUUCUAGUUAAACUUCUUAGCUUGAUUUUUUUUAUAACAAGAAUCAUUUUAUUAAAAGCGGUGAGUGAUUCUUAGCAUCUACCUGUAAGUCGGGAUAUACAUUGAUUGGGAACAAACAGGCAUUAGUUAGCCUGAGAUAUGGUAUUUUAGGUUUAUGAAUUGAUACAUGCUUAUGGUGACAACUUUCUUCUAGUUGUCGACCCUCUAAUUAUGUUAUAGACAUUUUAAGUAUGA